AUGCAAGAAGCUGUGAUGUGUAUGGUGGCGACACCAAAAUCGCACCCAUUCGAAGAGCGUCGAAUAAAAGUUGGACCGGAAUCGGAUCCAGUUAAGAUUGGAAGAGCAGUUGCACGAACUCAACCCACUGAUGAAAAUGGCGUUUUUGAUUGCAAAGUUUUGUCGCGAAAUCAUGCUAUCGUUUGGUAUAAUAAGGGCGUUUUUUGGAUUCGUGAUACCAAAUCGAGCAAUGGAACUUUUGUGAAUAAUGAGAAAUUGUUGGCACAAGGUAAACGGUUUUGGGGAGGGGAAACUAUGAUUGUUUGGUUCUAUCUAUGAAAAAUUUGGAAAUUUUAGCUCAUGGAAUCUUUGAAAUGUGAAAAUAUGCUCCAAGAGCUUGGAAAUGUUGAUUCCCGGCUUCUAGACUAGAAAAUGCGAUUUUUAAGCUUCUGGGACUCAAAAAACUUCAAAAAUGGUGUAUUUUUGCUCCAGAAGCUGUAAAUUUGCCAAUUUUUGGGUUUGGAGUUAGGAAAACGUGUUUCUCAGCCAUUAAACCUCAAAUUGUGCUCCUGGAGCUUAGAAACGUCGAUUUUUGGCCUCUAGAAGUAGAUAUGCGUGAAAAAUAUGCAUUUCCAGCUUUUGCACCUUUCUAGACUAGAAAUAUUCGAUUUUCAAGUCUUGGAGCGAGAAACCUUAAGCUUUUUGAACCUGAUUUUUGGCCCCAGAAGUUCUGAAAUUGUGGAUUCUGGAGCUAGAAAAUCCUCAAUUUUAGACUUAAAAAUGCUCUGAAAGCUUCCAAAAAGGAUUUCGAAGCUGAAAAUCUACAAUUAUCCCCAAAAUUUGCUAUUCUAACUCAAAAACCCCCCAUUUUUCUUCCAGGAAAAGACUCGGAUGCUCGAAAAAUCUUCUCCGGUGACAUAAUUCAAUUAGGCGUCGAAAUUGUGGAAAAUACGAAUAAAGUCGCCUAUGGAUGUAUUUAUGCUGUAAUUCAAUGUUAUAAUGAAGAAGGAAAGUUGGUUUCGGGUGGAAAUUUGGAAGAAAUUGGUGGAUUUAAAAAUGGUGGAACAUUGUUGAGUGAUAGAAAGCUGUUUCAAAUGCAACAAUAUUUGUCGGAAGCUAUUUAUCGGUAGGAGAAUUUAUAUUGGAGGGUUUUGUGGUGGAAACAAAAUUGCACAAAAAAUAAUGGAUUUUUUUAACUAAAAUGUACAAAUUUCUGCCCAAAAAUGUCUAUUUCAAGUUAUAUCAAUAUAUUUUUGUGAAAAUUAUAAUUAUUCAAUUUAAAUUUCACAACAAAUUGUGAUUUUCAUCAAAAACAUCUGGAAAAUUCUAACUUUUCAUGAUUUUCUACCCUAAAAUUUCAGAAUUAUCAUAUUUUCUAGCACGGGAUGAACAUUUGAUAAAACACAGUGAAAUAUACUAAAUCAACCACGCUGAUCAUGAUCCUGAAGUCAAAAAUUGCCACAAACCCCUGUGAGCACUUUUUUUACUUCAGGAUCAUGAUCAGCGUGGCUGAUUUAGUAUGUUUCACUGCGUUUUAUCAAAAGUGCAUCCCGUGCUAGAAAAUAUGAUAUUUUUGAUAUUUUAGGGUUGAAAAUCUUGAAAAGUUAGAAUUUUCCAAGUGUUCAUGAUCAAAAUUACGAUUUGUUGUGAAAUUCGAAUAGAAUUUAUUACAAUUUUCACAAAAUUAUAUUUAUAAAACUUGAAACAGUGACUUUUUCACAUCAAAAAUUAAGCAUAUGUUUUUGCAGCGAAAAACUGCGCGAAGACAAAAUCACCGAACUAAUGUCAAUAAUCGAAGCAAAUGAACAAGCAGCUGAAACAGCGUGGAAAUCACUUGUAAACGAAGAUCGAUUAUUAGCAAAAAUUGAAGCAUUAGAAGCACAAUUAACUGUUUCAACAAAUAAUAAUGAAGUGGAUAAAUUGAAAGAAGACACAUUAACAAUGAUUGAUGAAAAAACGAAAUUUGAGGCGAUGACUAAGGAUACAAUUAGAAGAUUACAAGAGGAAAAUGGAGAAAUGAUAUCGAGAUUGAAGGAUUUGGAAAGGAGUUUGGAUAAUACGGAGACGACGUGUAAUCAAUUGAGAUCUACGGUAAGAACAUUUUGACUGGGAAUUAUGGAAAAUGGGAAUUUUCAAUCCAAAAUUAAACCUUUAAAAAACCAAUAUUUCAACUAAGAUUCCACUAGAUAUCUCCUAAGCCAAAAUUUGAGCUUAGAAACAUAGAAAUUUCCAAUUUUUGAUGAAAAAUUGGGUUUGUUGAGCUGAAAAUGACUCUGGGACUUUAAAAAUCGUAUUUUUGACCAAAAAUUGGUCUAGAAAUGUUUGAAAUCAAUAAAUGGUCAAAUUCUGACCUUAGAAACCCGUCUCUGAUUUUUUUCUCUGAAAAUUACUCUAAAACUUCAAGCAUAUAUGUAUUUGUCUGAAAACAUAAUUAUUCCUAAAUUAAUAAUUAAAAAAUAGUUUGUUUUUGUUAUCAAAGUUUUGAAACAGUAAAUUUUUCAAUAUCAGAAAAAUCAAUUUCGAGCCAGAAUUCUUGAUUAUUUUUCGGAAAAUGAACAAAUAGUUAAUUAAAAAUUAAAAACAGAGUUUUAUAAAUGAAAAUUUUGAAACAGUGAAUUUUUUUUCUUUUAUAAAAUUAAACUUCAGGCUCAAAACUCCUAGUUUUUUGUCUGAAAAUAACUAAAAUAUUAUCAAUAAACAAUUUUUUGUUAGAAAAUUAAAUUUUAGGUUAACAUUUCUAGUUUUCAGCUCUAAAAUUUACUAAAAAUCCCAAUUUUUCCCAAUUUUCAGACCGCUGAUCUCGAAAAUAUGUUGGCUGAAACAACCGAAAUGAACAAAGAACAACAAUAUGAAUUGAUGAAUGAGGAGACUUAUCGAAUUCAAAUUGAAGAGUUUGUGUUUUUUUCCGGCUGAAAAUAUCGAAUUUUCAGCAUUUUUCAAGUGAAAAAUUCAAAUUUUUUUUCAGCGAAUUGGCCAAUACAAAGAAAAAGUUGCAAGAUAUUCAACAAAAAUUUUUGGCGUUGUCGAAAACAUCUGGUGGGUUUUUUAUCUGAAAUUUUCAGCCUUUUUUUGAGCUUAGAAAUGGCUGAAAAUGCAGCUUAAAAAAUCCCCAAAAAAUACGUUUCAAAAAAUGACUUGAAAAAUUGAUAUUUACAUUUGAGAAUAACUUCUAGACUUACAAAAAAUCUGAAAAUUCUGAAAUUUUCAGUCGAAAAUGAAACUGCAACUUCAUUAUCUCGAUUAUUGGCAAAUGCAUUGAAUGGCGGAAGUAUAAUUGCACAACAAGAAUUGACACUUUUAAUCGAUUCACUUUCAAAUGCCAAUUAUUUACCAACUCCAAUUGAUGCUCUGAAAUUGGCUGAAAAUCAACAUCUGGAAUUGUACUCUGCUGAAAAUAAUGAGGCUCCUGAAAAUGUGGAUGAAAACGUGGAAAAUUUGGCUGAAAAUUCGGAGAAUUUGAGCGAAGAUGAAAAAGAAGGAGGAUUAUUUGAAAGAGAUUUUGGAAUUACAGGUGAGGGGAUUUUUGAAGCCGCAGGUUUUGGCGCCAAAAAGUGGAAUCUGAGCUUUUGAAUAUAAUUUCAAUUUUCAAAUCGUGUUUUUUUGCAGGCUAAAAAUCGAAAAUUGGAAAAUGAUUUGAGUCGAAUCUCGCAACUCAACACAAUUCUACAAAUUCAAAUCGCCGAAGAAAAUGCAGAAAAUUGCCACGUGGCAGCAGCUCAGAAUUUGUCUGAAAAUCAUUCGACUGAAAAACGUGUGCUUUUGGAUAUCACAACAGAAGUUGAUAUGGAAAUUGAGGGCGAAGAAGAAUCGAGUGAUAAUUCGGGAAAUUCGAUUUUGGAAUUUGGAAAAAGCGGGAAAAAUUCGAUGAAAAUUAAUGAUGGAUUGGCACAGUUUGUGAGUGAAUUUUUGAGGGAAAAUUGGGGGAAAAUGCACAAUAUUUGAGCUAGAAAUCAUGAAAAGUGAGAAAAAUUGACUGUUUCAAAAUUUUCAUUAAGUUUCUCUCAAUUUUAAGAUUUCAAUAUUUUUUUUCGGUUGUUUGACGUCAAAACUUUAGAAUUUUUCCAUAAAAAAUUCACUGUUUCAAAAUUUUUUAUAAAACAUUUUGGUUUCUCAACAAAACAAUUCCAUUCGUGUUUCAAUUAAAAUCAAAAUCAAAAAAAAUUUCCUCUACAAAAUUUCACUGUUUCAAAAUUUUCAUUUGAAAAUUUUCAUGAUUUUGAAAUUCUAAUGGAAACAUUGUGUGUACCGAAAAAAAUUAUUUUUUUAUGGGGCUAUUCAUGUUAUUUUUCAACGCUGAGAAAACGGGAGAAAAAGCGGAGAAAACCUAUUCAGGUAGGCUGAGAAAAUACGAAAAAAGCGGAGAAAAUGUAUUUCCUCCGCAUUUCUCCUGUUUUCUCAACAUGCUGAGAAAAUACAUGAAUAGCCCCAUUACGAAAAAAAAUCCACUGUUUCAAAAUUAUUUCAAAAUAUUUUAUUUGUUUUGGAAUUCCGAUUGUUCUGUUUGAGUUUUACAUAUAUGUUCCAUAAAAUCCACGUUGCAUUUUUCUACAUAAAAAUUAAAAAAAAAAUAUACUGUUUCAAAAUAUUCAUAACAUUUCGAUAUUUCUAUUUCUGGUAAUUUCUAUUUCUGGUAAUAUAUUCUUUAAUACCUAAUAAAUUGAAAUUCCAUUGUUCAUUUUUUAAUUUUUCAGUCAUUGCUCUUCUCAAUCGCACCAAUUAUCGCCAUAUUUCUAUCGAUUUUUGUGCCAAUCAAUAAUCGAUUUUUUGGCAAAGUGCCAAAAUCAUUGGAAAACGACAAAAAAGAGGAUGAAAAAUCGAAAUAA